GAAAUCUGGUGCCGAGAGUGAACCUAGCCAAACGUCAUGAACACUUCGUAGAGAAACUCAAAACAUGGAGUAAUAAAGUGCAAUAAAUCUGGAGCAUAUUUCUUUGUUUGAUUCAUUUGGUAAAGUUUUUGAAAGCGAGACUUGGUUGAAUAUUCAGGUUAUCCUUAUUUAGCUCUGAGUGGCCUUUUUGAUUGUCCUCUCCGAGUCAAAAUUGUCAAGAAUUAUGAAGGGAUAUGAGUGAGCAAGAAACCUUCAAUAAAACUGGUGUGAACGACUCGACUGAUGUCGCUCAGAUCAUAGAAGAAAAGCCUGUGGACAGUUCGGAAAAAAUAAGUAAUGAUUUAAAACUGCCAGUAUCUACCGAGGUAGAGUCCAAGAACGCAAAUAGUUUUCAAUCAACAGUCAAGACCGAUUCGGAUGAUAAAAAUAUUGAUACACGAGCGGAUGAGAGUUCACUGACUGAGCAUAAGAACCUUGGAAAUGUUGGUGUGUCUGAACAAAACAGCGGCACAAUUAUUACAGCAAAUAUUACUGUGCAGCCAAAAAAGAAAAUAUCCUUUCAGGUAACGAGCAUUGAGUCGACCGAAGGUCGAUCUCGCGGAGAUAGCAAUGGGUAUGACGAUAUUGACGAACUUAACGAAACUGAAGACGUCGAAGAAGAAGAGAUAUAUAACGAGUCUGGUGUGGCUCAUGUAUUAGGUAAUGGUAAUGGAACUUCGAGGUUUAAAGUGGUUAAAAUACCGCGCUAUGAUAGCAAGCCAUACACUCGUGGGCGAUGGAGAUGUUGGGAUUUUGUUAAAUAUCCACCACCUUCCGCUGAACAUCUUUUACCAGACUUACCAGGCUGUAAUUCAGACGUUUCUAAUGAGAAAGGAGAUGCAGACCCUGUUAUUCGAAGUACGUUGACUUUUAGUUCCAAUACAGGAGCUCUGUCUCUAUCUAGCAAUCAAAAUAUUGAUUUUCCUGCAACGGAAGGAAAUUCCCAAGCAAAUUUAUCAAGUGAGACAAACUGUGACGAUAAGAGUCAUAUUAUAACUGUGUUAGAUGCAGUUGAGAAUUCAUUCGUAUCAAAGGCAGACAAUGGUCCAGAUGAGCUUUUGAAUAGUAUCUCUGCUGUUGAAAAUGCAGGUGCUUCGAUCAGUGAAGCUGCUGUAGCAAAUACAGAUGAAGGAUUAUCAAGGUUGGAUUCUGAGGAUGAUAGAGUUGCAGAGAAAAUACUUAAAGCAAUGAGUCAAGUCGUUCAAAUCAAGACGGAUCUUCUACAAGGGGUUAAUGAAGAUGUAAAAAAAUUAAAAUCGACUAUUCAACAGUUAACUAGUGAAAACCAAAAAUUAAAAUCGACUAUUCAACAGUUAACUAGUGAAAACCAAAGACUUAAAGAAGAAAAUGAAUCUCUGAGACAACAGCUUCAAAAUCCUUCCAGUUGAUUUAAUAAAAUGUAUACUAAAUUAAAAAUUAACGCUUUUGGUCGUACACUUGCUAAAAUUUACAAAUAAGAGUACUGUAAAGAGGUCUGACACGGAGCAGAUUGCUUUGAAUUUAUUAACACAUACCUGUGAAUUUUAGGAGUGAACUGGCUUGAAUUUGUAUCUUGUAUUGUCAAAAGGUUUUUCAUACAAGAGGAACUGUUAAAAACAACGAUAUGUUAGAAUUGGUGUGUAUAAACUUAUUCGGUGAAUCGUAGAAAUGACGAAAUUUGGAGUAUAAUGUCGAGUAGGUAUUAAGUCUUGAAAAGACGUUGAAAUUUAUUGCUUUUAUUUGCUUGUUUCAGUACAAAAAAACUGAUAUUUUAUGAUAAAGAUAAUUAGUAUUGUGUACUAAAACUUUAUUUAUAAAUUUCUCGUUCAUGCCGAGUACCAACAAUAUAUUUAUCAGAGAUUUUGUCCUCAGUUUCGAAAAUUUUCAUAGAAUACUAUUUCUUUAAUCUUGUAUUUAGUUCACUAUGGUGCACUAUGGUUUUGCAAAUAAUUUUAGGCGAAAAUUGAAAAUACUCGACUGAACUCAACGUGUAAACGAAACUGUACUAAUAAUGACCUAUACAGUAUGGUAAUCAUUAUAUCGAUUAUUUUAAUGAAUAUUGGCAUAUUAUAAUACGCACAGAA